AUGUCAAAGUGGGCUGGACUACUCAAGCUCCAAAUUGUUUCCUACUUCACGUGUGGAGAAUCCAAAUCCAGUAAAGCCCAAAUGGAAAAUGAUCCUCAAGACUCGUUCUUGAUCACCCUUCCAUUUGAACUCAUCAAUGAUAUCCUCCUAAGACUUCCUGCAAAAAUCCUCUUGCGAUUCAAGUCUGUCUCAAAAUCUUGGCUUGAUUUAAUAUCUAGCCCUCAAUUUAUCAACCCCCAUCUCAGUUUAUCAGCUGAUAACAAGGAUUACACCCACCACAGGCUUAUCUCGAGUCUUUAUGGACCUAACAAAAAAAAUCUUAACGUCUGUUCAGUUAGGUCUUUACUGAAUGAGUCUAUCAUGGAAGCAUCUGAUUUGGAUUGUCCCCUGAAAGACAAAUUUCAGAUUGUGGAAGCUGUAGAGAGGUAUGGUCAGAAAGUGUAUGGUUUUGGAUAUGAUAAGCUUCAUGAUGAUUAUAAAAUACUGCGGAUGUAUACAACUACUAGCAAUGAUCUUAAGGUUGAAAUAUAUAGUUUAAAGAGUGACUCUUGGAAAAUAGUUGAUGAUUUCCAGGCAGGGAGGAGACAAUCUGGUUUGGCUAAGUUGGUCAAUGGGAAGCUUCAUUGGGUUAAUUUUGAUAGUCAUCCUUGGGGUAAUGAGGGCGACAUCAUUUCUUUUGGGGACAUAAUUUCUUUUGAUUUGGCUGACGAGAAAUGGGGAAAGUUGGAGAAGCCUUGCUAUGGAAAAGGAGAAUUUUGUGUGAAACUUGGAGUGUUGGGAAGUGAUCUUUGCAUGUUUAAUGACUAUGAGAACACUUUCGCCGAUGUGUGGGUUAUGAAGGAAUAUGGGGUCAAAGAGUCUUGGGCAAAAAUAUAUACCAUCAACUUUUCUCAUGAUAUUUCUAAGUAUAGUUGGACUCCUCUUUUUUGCAAGUCAAAUAAAGGUGAAGUUCUGCUUGUUUUUGGAUCAAGAUUCAUGAUAUACGGUCCAAAGGAUGACUCCAUCAGUUAUCUAGAGCUCGCCAACUUUAAAGUCGGUGUUGAUGUUGUGUCCUCUGUGUGA